AUGGUCAUAGCCCCAUCGUUCAUAAAGAUUUUGAGUUUCGCUUUUAUCUCCGUCGGGUUCUUCUAUCUCGGCAAGCAUUGGUCUGAUGGCUACCAACAGCUAGUGUUCUUCAACAGCCAACAAUUUAGUAGCGAUAACCAAACAAUUUCAGUCGAUUUUUCUCCCAACGCUAACAAGGAAUUCGAUUUAUGGAUUCUUAUAGCCAACCAGACCACCAAGGUUCCCGAUGGAACACUACCUUUGAAUUCUACACCUCCAGAGAGUUCUUCACCAUCCGAUCCGCCACCGUCUCUGCCUCUGCCGCCAGCGUCGUUGCAGAGAUUAGGUAUUGUAGAUGAGAAUGGGGCGAUGACGGAGGAAUUCGAGAUCGGUGAAUUUGAUCCUGAUAUGGUUGAGAAGCGGGGGAACGAUAACGAAAUCAGAGAGAGACAGAGUGAGGGUACUAGGGUUAGGGUUAAGAGAUUCGCGUUUUGUCCGGCGAGCAUGAGAGAGUAUAUACCUUGUCUGGAUAAUGUCGAUGAGAUUAAGAAACUAAAGACGACGGAGAGGGGAGAGAAGUUCGAGCGACACUGUCCUGGGGAAGGUAGAAAUUUGAAUUGUUUGGUUCUGGCACCGAAGGACUACAAGACUCCAAUUCCGUGGCCGAGAAGCAGGGAUGAGGUGUGGUUCAGCAAUGUACCUCAUACGCGUUUGGUUGAAGAUAAAAAAGGUCAGAAUUGGAUUAAAAGAGUGAAGGAUAAAUUGAAAUUUCCAGGAGGUGGAACCCAGUUUAUACAUGGGGUUGAUCCAUAUUUGAAUAAAAUUGUACAGAUGGUUCCUGAUAUUGCAUUUGGCCGUCAUACUCGUGUCACCUUGGAUGUAGGGUGUGGAGUAGCAAGCUUUGGUGCUUAUCUUCUUUCGCGGAAUGUGAUCACUAUGUCCAUCGCACCGAAAGAUGUUCAUGAGAACCAGAUUCAAUUUUCUCUUGAGCGUGGUGUACCUGCCAUGGUGGCAGCAUUUGCAACUCAUCGUUUGCUGUAUCCAAGCCAGGCUUUUGAUUUGAUACAUUGUUCAAGAUGUAGAAUUAAUUGGACCCGUGAUGAUGGAAUUUUGCUUCUUGAGGCCAAUAGGAUGCUUAGGGCUGGAGGCUACUUUGUUUGGGCAGCGGAGCAAGUUUAUAAGCAUGAAAAGAAUCUUAACGAACAAUGGAAAGAGAUGGUGGACCUUACUGAUCGUCUUUGCUGGAAGCUUGUGAAGGAGGAGGGUUGUCUUGCUAUUUGGCGGAAACCUAUAAAUGACAGCUGUUAUGUCAGUCGCGAUCCUGGAGCCCAACCUUCUCUAUGUGAUCCUGAUGAUGACCCAGACAAUGUUUGGUAUGUUGGUCUGAAGGCAUGCAUCACUCGACUACCGGAGAAUGGAAAUGGAGCAAAUGUUCCAAUGUGGCCUGCACGCCUGCAGAAUCCACCAGAUAGGCUUCAGACCAUACAAAUGGAUGCCUACAUAUCUAGAAAUGAACACUUCAAGGCAGAGUCAAAUUACUGGAAUGAUAUAAUAGGAGGUUAUGUUCGUGCUUUUCGUUGGAAAAAAAUGAAGCUCCGAAAUGUGAUGGACAUGAGAGCUGGGUUUGGAGGAUUUGCAGCAGCGUUAAUUGGCCAACAGAUUGAUUGCUGGGUGAUGAACGUUGUUCCUGUUAGUGGGCCCAACACAUUACCUGUUAUUUAUGAUCGUGGACUUAUAGGAGUUACACAUGAUUGGUGUGAGCCAUUCAAUACUUAUCCAAGAACUUAUGAUUUUUUACAUGCAGCCGGUCUCUUCUCCAUUGAGAAAAAAAGGUGCAACAUCUCCAUUAUCAUGCUUGAGAUGGAUCGGAUUCUAAGACCUGGGGGGCAUGUGUACAUCCGUGAUACUGUAUCAGUCAUAGGUGAAGUUCAGGAGAUUGGAAAAACCAUGGGGUGGCAUACUAUGCUACGCGAUACAUCUGAGGGUCCGUAUUCAAGCUGGAAGAUCUUGACGUGUGACAAAUAUCUUUUGCAUGCUUGAUUGAGUGAAGAUUGUAA